ACACCACCAGAGAUCCCAAACAUCUUAGUGGGGGGAAACAUCCGAGACCAGAACCGUUACAAAGUCAUCUGCCAAACCUUUGGAAACAUGAGAAGAUUUCUGACGCUGUACGACACAGACAACAAGAUUCCAGUUUUUUCUGCGUAUCGCUUCACAGGAGCGCAACCAGGAAGACCAAAAGGAAACCUCUGGAAAAUAGAACCUCAGCUGGAAGAUUACAACCAGGCUCUAAACAGCGAUUACACAAAUGAACUGGGCUACAAUAGAGGCCAUUUAUAUCCAAACUGUCAUGCACCAGACCUGGAUGCUCAACUUUCAACGUUCACUCUGACAAAUGUGGUUCCUCAAUCAAUACCUUUCAAUAGUGGUAGCUGGGCUAAGAUGGAGCAAUGCACCAAAU